CUGGCCACACGACAAGUGAAAGAAGCAGCACCGACAGAAAAAACGAAAAGUUUUUCAGAAAAAAAAACAACCAAGAUCAACUUCUCGAUUGGAUGGUCGUCUGAUGGACGCAAAGAGGGAGAAAGGCAACGAAAAGAUGGAGUUCAGCGAGCCAGGAGGCAAAAAAAUGUUUAA